GUGCCAAUGAAAUCCACCCGGAAGUGUAAAUCGUGAAAAUGGCGGGGCUUGAACUGCUUUCUGACGAGGGCUACCGAUUAGAUGGACGUAAAUCUUCUGAACAACGAAGAAUAGGAUGUCGUCUUGGUGUGUUCAUGCAAGCAGAUGGGUCAGCUUACUUGGAGCAAGGCAAUUCAAAAGUUUUAGCAGCUGUCUAUGGGCCUCAUGAAAUCAGAGGGAGUCGUGCGAAAGCACUGCAUGACCGCGUGCUAGUGAAUUGUCAGUUCAGUAUGGCGACUUUCAGUUCUCUUGAACGAAAGCGGCGACCACGAGGAGAUAGAAAAUCGCAAGAAAUGACUCUUCAUAUUCAACAAACUUUUGAUGCCACUAUCUUAACCCACCUUUAUCCACGCUCUCAAAUUGACAUUUUCGUUGAAGUCCUUCAGGCUGAUGGGGGUACACUCAGUGUAUGUAUUAAUGCUGCGGCAUUGGCAUUGAUAGACGCUGGAAUUGCGUUGAAGGACUACGUGUGUGCCUGUGCAGUCGGUUUCGUGGACGGCGUACCUCUUGCGGAUAUCAGUCACCUUGAAGAAACCAUGGGUGGCCCUGUUUUAACUGUAGCCCUCCUCCCGAAGACGCAGCAAAUAGUGUUGCUUGAAAUGACAUCUAAAGUCCACGCAGAUUAUUUGGAAAGUAUGUUAGCUGCAGCAGAAAAAGGAUGUACAGAUGUCCAUGCUAUUUUUGACAGCUAUGUUAAGGAACGUACUGCACAAGUUGGUUCAUGCAUUGGUUGGGAAUAAAGGUGCCAUACAUCAAAAGAGCAAA